GUCCCCGCUGUGUCAACACUGAGCGGCGCGGAGAAGCCGUUGCUCUCCCUUACUCGGCCACGCCGAGGGUCGUGGCCCGGUAGCUGGCCUGGAGAAGUCCCUGCUACCUAGCGCCCAAAACAGGGGCGUGAGCUUCCAUGACCCUGGGCGGCGGCCUCGGGCCGUGCUCGAGUUGCCCCGCAUCUUUAUACUCAGUCAGUCCCAGAUUGAGGAGGCUUCUGGGAGCGGGUUGAAAUGGGCAACUGUGACGUCUCGCCUCAUUCACCCAAACCUCCAGGCUUCUCCCCCGCACAUCCUCCUCCAUCCACCUGGUUUCUCCCUAGACGGGUGUGCUCGUGUGUGCGACCGAAGGAGGGAGAGCGAGAGAUCCACGAAGGGACAGGCUUGGAGUCGCUAGAGGGAGGUGUGGUACCAGCGAGGAGGGGGCUUCGCCUGUGAGGGGUGCUGGCAGGCGGAGGGAGCGGCGGGAGGAGGCGCCGGGGGAGGAGACGGAGGCCUGGGGACGGCAGAGGAGGCUUCGCCCGAGCCGAGCGCUGUUUCUCUUGCCGCGCCGUCUUGAAGCCGCGCGGGCUCGUGAGCAGCGCGAGGCCGCCAAGGUGCUUGGCUUCGCCGGAGCCGCUGCUGCCCACUGACGGGAAGCCGGUCCUGGGCGCGCACGCUCUCCCGAGCUCCGGCGCGCUCCGCGCCUGAGCUUGCUGACAGCUGCCGCUGGGCUCCGGCUGUCCGCUCCGGGCUCCACGGCCUCGGCCCUGCUGCACUCCCCCUCCGCCCCCUCGGACUCCCUCCCCUCGCUUCUGCCCCUCCUGCCCCAGUGCGGAUCGUUUCGCAACCGCUCGCCACUCGCCCCGUGCCCGGCUGUUUUUCCAUAUCCCGGCCCCCUCUUCUUGAGUACUUUACCCCCUGCAUUUGGGGACAGGGACUGGAAGGAAAAGGGGCUGGUGGACCGUCCAGUGGAGAAGGCCCGCAGGAGGAGGCGGAGGAUCGGCGGACCGUGGGGAGGAGACCCCACGCCACCCUUUCUGGUCAUCUCUCCUCCCGCCCCGCCCCUGCGCACACUCCCUCGAGGGCGAGCUACUUUCGGACUAGGAAAGUAAGGGCGGCCCUGGGUGACAGCGCCGCGGGGCCAGUCCCGGGGUUAGCCGCGUGUCUGCUCUCUUCUCCCCCGUCGCACUCUCAGCCAGGGCACAGUCCGGACCGAGGAUGGCUUCGACCACAACCUGCACCAGGUUCACGGACGAGUAUCAGCUUUUCGAGGAGCUUGGAAAGGGGGCAUUCUCAGUGGUGAGAAGAUGUAUGAAAAUUCCUACUGGACAAGAAUAUGCUGCCAAAAUUAUCAACACCAAAAAGCUUUCUGCUAGGGAUCAUCAGAAACUGGAAAGAGAAGCUAGAAUCUGCCGUCUUUUGAAACACCCUAAUAUUGUGCGACUUCAUGAUAGCAUAUCAGAAGAGGGUUUUCACUACUUGGUGUUUGAUUUAGUUACUGGAGGUGAACUCUUUGAAGACAUAGUGGCAAGGGAAUACUACAGUGAAGCUGAUGCCAGUCAUUGUAUACAGCAGAUUCUAGAAAGUGUAAAUCAUUGUCACCUAAAUGGCAUAGUUCACAGGGACCUGAAGCCUGAGAAUUUGCUUUUAGCUAGCAAAUCCAAGGGAGCAGCUGUGAAAUUGGCAGACUUUGGCUUAGCCAUAGAAGUUCAAGGCGACCAGCAGGCGUGGUUUGGUUUUGCUGGCACACCUGGAUAUCUUUCUCCAGAAGUUUUACGUAAAGAUCCUUAUGGAAAACCAGUGGAUAUGUGGGCGUGUGGUGUCAUUCUCUAUAUUCUACUGGUGGGGUAUCCACCCUUCUGGGAUGAAGACCAACACAGACUCUAUCAGCAGAUCAAGGCUGGAGCUUAUGAUUUUCCAUCACCGGAAUGGGACACGGUGACUCCUGAAGCCAAAGACCUCAUCAAUAAAAUGCUUACUAUCAACCCUGCCAAACGUAUCACAGCCUCAGAGGCACUCAAACACCCAUGGAUCUGUCAACGUUCUACUGUUGCUUCCAUGAUGCACAGACAGGAAACUGUAGACUGCUUGAAGAAAUUUAAUGCUAGAAGAAAACUAAAGGGUGCCAUCUUGACAACUAUGCUGGCUACAAGGAAUUUCUCAGCCAAGAGUUUGUUGAAGAAGCCAGAUGGAGUAAAGAAAAGGAAGUCCAGUUCGAGUGUUCAGAUGAUGGAGCCCCAAACUACUGUAAUCCACAACCCUGAUGGAAACAAGGAGUCAACUGAGAGUUCAAAUACAACAAUUGAGGAUGAAGAUGUGAAAGCACGAAAGCAAGAGAUUAUCAAAGUCACUGAACAACUGAUUGAAGCUAUCAACAAUGGGGACUUUGAAGCCUACACAAAAAUCUGUGACCCAGGCCUUACUGCUUUUGAACCUGAAGCUUUGGGUAAUUUAGUGGAAGGGAUGGAUUUUCACCGAUUCUACUUUGAAAAUGCUUUGUCCAAAAGCAAUAAACCAAUCCACACUAUUAUUCUAAACCCUCAUGUACAUCUGGUAGGGGAUGAUGCCGCCUGCAUAGCAUAUAUUAGGCUCACUCAGUACAUGGAUGGCAGUGGAAUGCCAAAGACAAUGCAGUCAGAAGAGACUCGUGUGUGGCACCGCCGGGAUGGAAAGUGGCAGAAUGUUCAUUUUCAUCGCUCGGGGUCACCAACAGUACCCAUCAACUAAAUAUCAACAGUGCCACUUCUGCAUUCUCUGUUCUCAAGGCACCUGGAUGGUGACCCUGGGCCGUCCUCUCCUCCUCUUCAUGCAUGUUUCUGAGUGCAUGAAGUUGUGAAGGUCCUACGUGUAAUGCAUAUGUGAUGCAUCAUCUUAUCAUAUAUUCCUUCCUAUACAUUGUUUACACUUCAACUACGGGGAUGUUCCAUGCAAACUUAAAUUACUGUUGGCAAACAAUAGGGGGAGAUUAGACAAAAAAAAAUUCACGAUAUUCCAAGUACAACUCUUCAUCAAGUUUCUCUGUUAAUGCCAAGAUUUAACAGACUUAAGAACUAUUGUUCUCUGAAUGACGGUUUGUAAGAGAAAUGUAAAUUUUUUAGAACUCUUUGCUGUUAAUCUAUUUUGGCUUGUUUUUGUUUUUAAAAAAUGGUAAAAAAUAUAUAUAUACCUUCAGUUUUUUGUGUGAUCCUGGUUAAAAUGAAUGAUUUUUCAUUGAAAGUUUUGCUGUUUAACAAUUAAAGUGGGUUGAUAUGUGGGCAAAAUCACUUAUGAAAGUAGAAGCAAGAAUCAGUUGGUUUGCUACCACAUAAAGCUAUGCUGUUUUUACUCAAACUGUGUAAACUGGAAAAAUGCACAUCAUUUCUGAGUUUAAUCACUUUAGGAUAUAUUCACAUUGUUUUGGUGAAUUUGCUGAAUUGAAUUUUUUUUCUUAAAUCUUCAGUCUCUUUUCUUUAUCCUGUUUCUUUGUUCCUUUUAUUUGCUUCCUUUUUUAUUUUUCUUUUGUUGCAUUCUUUUCUUACUUUUUUUCCUUUUCCUUUUCUUGGGUAGGCAGGCUAGUAGUGUGUGAGAAAAGAAUGAAAGGGAAAUUUGCAUAUGGAAGGUAAAAGGGAAAUAAAGGUCUUUUGAAGGUAGCUAAACUAGCACUUUUGGUCUUCUUCAGGGCCCACAAAAAAUGUUGUCAAGAUUUUAAAGGUCUAUAAUUCUGCUUAAGCUCUUGUUUGGACUUAGGUAUCCUAAAUAUGUCAGAGGAAUUAGAAUUGUUUAAACUUAAGAUAAAAGAAAUUUCCUCCUGUGUCUGCAGUGUCUUACUGAUUGAAGACAGUUGCCAGGAGGAUGCCAAGUUGAUAGCAGAGGGAGUUUUAUGUGAACUCACUCACCUCCGUCUUGAGGAAUGAGAGGGUCACUUCUGCAUCAUCACUAGCUAGUUUUCUAGAGUUAGAGAGGCUUACAAAUGUUUGCCAUUCUAUAAGUGUUUUGAACUUGUUCUUUGUGACUUGUGCUUUUUUAGCUUCUCUCUUGAGUCAGAGUAUCAUUAUCUUCCUUCAAGGAGUUAGGAUUUUCCAGUUUAAAACAAAAAGGGAAAUGUCCUCGGUUUUCUUUCUGCUUCUGAUUUUUCCUUUGUUGAUUCAAUUCCUGUGAUUUUUUUUCUCUUCCCAGAAAUGUUUUACAGUGCAUGGAAUCUCCAUCAUCGUUAUUUUAAUGAUAGUAAUUCAUAGUCCUCAGAUGCCUAUUUUUAAAGCAGAAGCAAAAGAAAAACAAAACAACAAAAACGACCCUUCCUUUUUCUCUCAUCUCACCUUUCUGUGUUGAUUACUAAUCAUCUUAGAUAUUAUUGCUAGUGGAUGUAUGGGUAGAUGGGUUGAAGCUUUUCUGGUAAUUAUUACACAAUUUAAAACAAUAUAUAUUUAAAAUAAAUAUAUACAGUAAAUAUAUUGAGCCAUGUUAACCUGCCAAUGAGAUCUGUGAAAAAAUAAUGGCCCCAUUUUUCCCUUUUUACUUUUACCUUUUUGUGAAGCAGCUAUACGUGGCAUACAUGUAUUUAAAGGAAAAAAUAGGUGUAGAGUGGUUUUUUUUACACUUUUAACUUAGCAUGUGGUGUUGAAGUAUUACUGUAGAUCAAGUUUGUCUUCCGCACUAAGAUGUGAGGAAAUUGUGAUUUGUUCUCUCCGCCACAAUUGAAUUACACAUUUAUUAUCUUCUAUCAUUUUGAAACACUGCAGUUUACCAUGGGACACUGUAUAUAUUUCUUGCCAUAAUGGUAAAUGACGGAUUGAUAUAUUUAAGAGUUAAUAAAUUUGUGAUUUCUGCUGA